GUUUCUGUAUAUCAACAGCUGAGCUUGAGAGCGUGCAGUGUUGUCACAGAACGAAGCGGACGACUGUUACUGAUAAUAAAACAACUUUCUGCUUGAAAAACCAAGCUACUUCACGAUUUUUCACCAAGCUGUUAAAUAUCUGUUAAACAAAGAUGUCAUCUGCAAAAGGUGUUGGUAUUGGAAUUGACCUGGGCACCACCUACUCCUGUGUAGGGGUUUUUCAGCAUGGAAAAGUGGAGAUCAUCGCUAAUGACCAGGGCAACAGAACAACACCAAGCUAUGUUGCCUUCACAGACACAGAGAGGCUCAUUGGAGAUGCAGCUAAAAACCAGGUGGCCAUAAACCCCAGCAACACAGUGUUUGAUGCCAAGAGGCUGAUUGGCAGGAAAUUUGAUGAUCCAGUUGUGCAGUCUGACAUGAAGCAUUGGUCCUUCCAAGUCAUCAGCGAUGGAGGAAAGCCAAAGGUCAAAGUUGAACACAAAGGAGAAACCAAAUCAUUUUACCCUGAAGAAAUCUCAUCCAUGGUCCUGGUUAAGAUGAAGGAGAUUGCAGAGGCUUACCUGGGACAGAAGGUGACAAAUGCGGUUAUCACAGUUCCCGCCUAUUUCAACGACUCCCAGAGGCAGGCCACUAAAGACGCCGGAGUAAUCGCUGGGCUGAAUGUUCUUCGAAUCAUCAACGAGCCCACGGCUGCAGCCAUCGCCUAUGGGCUGGAUAAAAGCAAAGGUUCAGAGCGUAACGUCCUGAUCUUUGACCUGGGUGGAGGCACAUUUGAUGUGUCCAUCUUGACCAUUGAAGAUGGCAUCUUUGAGGUGAAAUCCACAGCUGGAGACACUCACCUGGGUGGGGAGGACUUUGACAACCGCAUGGUGAAUCACUUUGUAGAAGAAUUUAAGAGGAAACACAAGAAGGACAUCAGUCAGAACAAGAGGGCACUGAGGAGGCUUCGUACAGCUUGUGAGAGAGCCAAGAGAACCCUGUCAUCCAGCUCUCAGGCCAGCAUUGAGAUCGACUCCCUGUAUGAGGGCAUUGACUUCUACACAUCCAUCACCAGAGCAAGAUUUGAAGAGCUGUGCGCAGACCUCUUUAGGGGAACUCUUGAACCUGUGGAGAAAGCCCUGCGAGAUGCCAAGAUGGACAAGUCUCAGAUUAAAGACAUCGUUCUGGUUGGUGGAUCAACCAGAAUCCCUAAGAUCCAGAAACUUCUGCAGGAUUUCUUCAAUGGAAGAGAUCUGAACAAGAACAUCAACCCAGACGAAGCAGUGGCUUAUGGUGCUGCAGUGCAAGCCGCCAUCCUUAUGGGCGACACAUCUGGAAACGUUCAAGAUCUUUUGCUGCUGGAUGUUGCUCCACUGUCUCUGGGUAUUGAAACAGCAGGAGGAGUCAUGACUGCCCUCAUCAAACGCAACACCACCAUCCCCACCAAACAGACCCAGACAUUCAGCACCUAUGCAGACAACCAGCCCGGCGUCCUGAUCCAGGUAUAUGAGGGAGAGAGGGCCAUGACCAAAGACAACAAUCUUCUGGGAACAUUUGAUCUGACGGGAAUUCCACCUGCACCACGUGGAGUCCCUCAGAUCGAAGUGACCUUUGACAUCGAUGCCAAUGGAAUCCUAAAUGUGUCAGCUGUGGACAAAAGCACUGGCAAAGAGAACAAGAUCACCAUCACCAAUGACAAGGGCCGUCUGAGCAAAGAAGAGAUUGAGAGAAUGGUGCAGGACGCUGACAAAUACAAAGCAGAAGAUGAUCUGCAAAGAGAGAAGAUUGCUGCCAAGAACUCACUGGAGUCUUACGCCUUCAACAUGAAGAACAGUGUGGAGGAUGAGAACAUGAAAGGAAAAAUCAGUGAGGAUGAUAAGAAAAGAGUCAUAGAAAAAUGCAACCAAGCCAUCUCCUGGCUAGAAAACAACCAGCUGGCUGAAAAGGAAGAGUAUGAUGAUAAGCUAAAGGAGCUGGAAAAAGUCUGCAACCCAAUCAUCACUAAAUUAUACCAGGGUGGGAUGCCAACAGGAAGUUGUGGAGAUCAGACACGUGCUAGCUCAGGGGCCGGAUCUCAGGGCCCAACAAUUGAGGAGGUGGAUUAGGUAUAAGAAGAGAUGUGAUAUCGCUCUUUAGUUAAGCAUUUUUGCAAUACAGUUUACACAGUUACAGUUAUAUAAACCUUGUGGACCAUUUAUUUCUAUGUUGUGAACUAUUACAAAGAUUCUGUUUCUUGGUGGUAUUAUAUUCAGUUUAGAUUUGUUGUUUUUUAUUUGAAUUUGAACUGAGUACAUUUUAAGAUGGUUUAAUAUAUUGUAACUCGAGAUUAUUUCAUAUGAAACAUAUAUUUCUGUCAAUAAUAUAUAAAACGCAUAACUGUUAAUGUUUAUCAAAAGAUUUAAAUCGUGUUCCAUUUGCAUGUUAAGAAAUAAGUAGAAACUUGCAGAGUAAAAUGCAGAGAAUUGUUCUGUAUGUAUCUUUCAGUUAUAAGUAAGUGCAGGCAUUGUUAUAUCUGAAAAAGUUAAUUUAAUGUUAGCAUUUUUUCUUGGUUUGUGUCUGAAUUCUCAAUAAACUGUUGAAAAUUAA